CGCCGAGCCGAGCCGAGCCGGGCCGGGCCGUGCGGGAGCGGGGCUCCCGUGGGACACGAGGGCAGGAUGAACGUGGGGACGGCGCACAGCGAGGUGAACCCCAACACCCGCGUCAUGAACAGCCGCGGCAUCUGGCUGUCCUACGUGCUGGGCAUCGGGCUGCUGCACGUCGUGCUGCUCAGCAUCCCCUUCUUCAGCGUCCCCGUGGUCUGGACCCUCACCAACAUCAUCCACAACCUGAGCAUGUACAUCUUCCUGCACACCGUGAAGGGAACCCCCUUCGAGACCCCGGACCAGGGCAAGGCCCGGCUGCUCACGCACUGGGAGCAGAUGGAUUACGGAGUCCAGUUCACCGCCUCCCGCAAGUUCCUCACCAUCAUGCCCAUCGUCCUGUAUUUUCUAACCAGCUUUUACACCAAGUACGACCGGAUACACUUCAUCAUCAACACCAUCUCCCUCAUGAGCGUCCUGAUCCCCAAACUGCCUCAGUUCCAUGGAGUCCGGAUCUUUGGGAUCAACAAGUACUGAGCGGCGUGGCUGGAGCGGACGGCGGAGGAGCAGGGAAAGGGGGAAUUCCUUCUCCCCAGCCCUGUUUCCUCUUCCCACGCAGACUGGGAUGUGAUUUCGGAGUGGCUGUUCAAAGGCAGAUCCCAACAGACACAUUCCGCAUGCUGGAUCCUCGUGCCCAAUAAAUCCAAACCAGCUCCAGAGUAGAGUUUAGUGCGGAGCAGGACACGCGACACCGGAUUUCUCUUAUCCCGGUGUCACCAGUAGAUGCAAAACCACCGAGACUUGGAGGUACAACAAGGAUGAAUUCUGGGAAGAGUCUCAUCUGUCCCAGACAUGGAAUGACAAGGACAGGGGUGAGGGGAAAAGCUUUUAGUGCUGGUACUAUUGCUGUGGUAAAUGCACUUUAAAAUACCUUUCCCUUCCUGAAGCCGGGUGCUUUGAGCAGUACAUGGGGGAAAUCCAAAGGGAUACAGCCAGACUUUCCCAGGACUGGAUUGUUUUGGGGUCUGAGUUCCAGUUUUAGGCAGAUCUGAACGACAGAUUUUUAUUCUGCAGUCUUUGACACCACUGAGAAGGGAAGUUCUUUUCCUAAAAACAGCACAGGAAGGAACAACCUGCAGUUUGACAAAGCUUCUGCUUUCCUACAGCACCAUCCAUGUGGUCCGGGGAAAAGGUGGAUAGAUCCCAAAUCAUGCUCAUUAUUUUCAGUUUAUACCCAAAUCUGUCCAGGUAACUCCUCUCCCCACUGCUGGUUUUUAAGCACAGGAGGGCUCGGGGGGCAUUUGGAUCAAGGGCUGGGGGUGGAUGAUUUAAUGAUUGACAACAAAUGCCACCGAGCUCCUUGGGACAUGGACAUGGAGGGGUGUGGGAGAGGCUCACACUGGACAGGUACAGGCCCAACGAGGUGGAGGCCUGAUUGCUCUAAUCAAGCACACAGCCAUCCUUGACUUUAAUUGGAAUUUUUCUCCUCAGUCCAGCUCCUUGGUUAAGUCCGUGUGACUGGGAUUUGUCAGUUCUCCAGUUACUCAUGGAGUCGAGGGAAGUGAGGGUUGGAUUUCUUCUGGCUUACCUGGAAAUCUGUCCCUCAGCUCCACACCCAAGGGCCACGUGAGGAGCAGCAGCAGCAGCAGAUGAAUUGACCAGCAGAGGGAUUCAGUGGGUCACUGAUAAGAGAUUAUUUCACAGAGGAACAAACUCAAUCCUUUUCCCUCAAAUUACCACCUCAGACAGGUUCAGAUUUCCUGGCUGAGACAGCUUUUUCCUGUUCAAAAUAAUCCCAUUUUCUUUUGGUUUAUGUUCCAGGUGGAAUAUUUUCUCUCAUACUUCCCCUGAAACCCCAUGAAAACCUGUAUUUCUGUUGUCUUAGUGCUUAUAUUGUCUCAUCUUUCUGACAAUGGGAUAAAACCUUUUAAAUCUGCUAUUUUUGUUCCUGCAGUAGCAAUUCCAGCUUUAGAGGCCGUGGUGGAGAGCGUUGAGUUGUUGGAUGGUCUGAGCAUAGGACAUGGAUUGGGGAAUUUCAGGUUUGCACCUAAAAUCUGUUACUCUGUGCAUAAUUUUAGGGAAGCUGCUUCACUUCUCUCUCUCAGACUUCCUAUGGGACUGCUACGGGGCAGGGAAAACAUUCAGUGUACCUCAGAGGGCUGCUGGAAUGCAGGGAGAAUCACUCCCUAAUAUGUUUGAAAAGUGGAAAUAUAAGUGAAAAGGAUGUUUUCAAGAAGGUAGAAAGAGAAAAGAGUCUGGCUGGAGACCCCAGGGCGUUGACAGACAUGAAAUUUCCCUGAUGGGGAGGUUAAACCUUAAAUGUAACCCCCAGGACAUAAGGACUGCUGCUUUAGUUAAGGUACUCUCUACCCUAAUCGGCUCUUUAAGCUACUAGACAAUGAUAAUUGUUAUCAAAAUAGAGAUAUUUCAUCAAUCAGCUUGGAAAUGGCACAGGAAUGAGCAGUAUCCCUGCGGGAAUGGCUGCUCUGGGGAGCAGGUCCUGGCAGGGUGGCUGAGGCUGUACCCAAAAUACUGUGUGGUGCUGAACAGACCUGAGUGUCUGCCCAGGCACAGCUUCCAUCUCCAGAGGGAAGAAAAUGAAUUGUUUUGGUAGAAAAAAAGGGGAGAAACAGCACUUUUUUUGGCAACAGAAAGAGUCUCUAGGUGCUUACAGACAUGUCUCCUCACAGGCAGACAUAUGCUGGGUAGUUCUAAGCAUAUGCACAUCACAGAGUGAAGGCAGGUUUGAUAAUUUUAGAAUAAUUGUAAAUUGAAGGGAUCAGCUUUUCUUGAUGAGAUAGAGCAAUUCCCACAGCCUCCCUGAAGGCACUACAACAGCUGAGAGUCUGAGCACUCGUGCUGGUCACUGACACUAAGGACAUCUGACUCUGUUUUGUUAAAUUAAAUAUAACUGUGAACCAGAAUUGGAUUAUAAACUUUGCAAACAAGCAGGUUUUAAAGCCUGAAGUCCAAAAUUUAUAAUUAAGGUUUUGCCUAACAGCAGAAGUAAACUUUUCUGACUUCUCUGCUUCACACAAAUGAUUAAAAACAGCCUACCUAGGGGUUAUGUGACAGUGACAGUCUUUACAACACAGGCAUCAUUUUUCCAUGGAAUAACUGCAGUUAACUUGGACUCAGUCCAAUCAAGGGAAACAUAAGUGGAAACAGGAAGAAUAUGGAAAGAAGCAAGUUGAAGAAAGAUUUCUUCUUAUAUUGUGUUAAGUGUCUACAUACAAUUAAUAAGUAUUUGAACAAUUACAAACCUGGCAGAAUCUUCCUUAAGAUCCCAGCUUAAGGGUAGGUGUCAGGAUUAAUCAAAAAUAGAAAAGCAAUAAGUUAAUUGUAAUUAAACCAUAUUGUUAGGGGUAUCUGAGAGAGUCUGAAGUGAAAGGACAGCAUGGGCAGGCUGAGGAGUUGUCAGACGUGUCCUUAGAGGUGACAGAUCAGGGAUGAAGUCAUAUUUUAGGUGGAGAACCCAAACAUGAGCAGAACUCCUUUUAAAGUGGAGUUUUCCCCAGGUACCUGUGUGGAGGAGAUAAGUGACCAUUGCUGAUUUUAAAUGGGAUUCUGAUCACAUUUAAGUGGGAUUCUGAUCUGAUAGAUUUUCAUAUGAAACUUGUCCUGUAUCAUAAGCAGGACAAAUCUUACCUGGAGAGAUCAAGGUGGGCUCCACCCUGUGAUGGAGGAACAAUUCCUGGUGAGCAGGUACUUCAACAGCUUUUCCUUUUGGUUCUGCAAUGAAAGAGAAAAGCUUUUGAAAGCCUGGGACCCUUCUCAGGAACUGGCAGCAGCCUUGCACUGGGCCAAGCCUCCUAAGCCACUGUCAGCACCACGCACGUAUCCACAGGGUACAGCGGUCCCUGCUCCAGGACAGUGGGAAAACCAGCAAGUUUUUCCAGCCUGAUGCUCCUGAAUUAGGGAUCCUGUCUUGGGAUUCAUCUAACAGAGCUACCAGGGUGGCAAACAGUGCAAACCUUCGCAGGAAAAAGCCUUUAAAAUAAACAAGAUUUAGGGCUACUUCAUUCCCGAGUACUUUUAUUUUUGAAUUUUGGGUUGUUUUUAGAAGCUCGGUACUGGCCCUCGAGGAGGGGACAGCAGUGGGUUAACACAUUAAUAUUCCUCAUUGUAACUUAUGUUGCUUUAUCAUUGCCUAUAAUAGCUCUUAAGCAUGCGAGUGUUGGUGUAUCUGUAUCCUCCCUGGAUCAGUUUAAUGAGCUGAAUUAAUUGGGAGGUUUUUUUAAAGGAAUGUUCUGUACAAAGUUUUAGGGUUUUUUUUCCCAGUAGCCCUUCUUUUUGCUGUGGAUACAGGAGUCUCAAGUAGAGAACUUUCUAAAAUAAAGUGUGAAUAUUUUUAUUACUCCUUUGUACAGUGUUCUAAGAGAGACUAAUAAAGUUAAGUAUUCAGGUAAAAA